AAGUGUGUUUUCUAGCUCAAAACUAACAAGAUUAAUGUGUUUCACACAUUGUUUUUUUUUUCUCCUAACCAUUCCCAAUCAUUUGGAAUGCUAGUCCUGGCACUGGGAUAAUUAACAAGAAGGGAAUUAAUGUUUGUAUAUGUUUGUAUAAGGUUUGCUGCACAAUAUUGCUCUAUAAUAUGGUUGUGGUAUGUGCUCAGUUUCAGAAUGGCUGCGGUUAUUGCCUUUCCUGGGUGUCCUUGCUCUGCUGGGAUAUCUUGCUAUUCGCCCAUUCCUUCCCAAGAAGAAACAGCAGAAGGACAGCUUGAUUAAUCUCAAGAUCCAGAAGGAGAAUCCCAAAGUAGUAAACGAAAUUAACAUUGAGGAUCUAUGUCACACUAAGGCAGUGUACUGCAGAUGCUGGCGCUCUAAAACAUUCCCUGUCUGUGAUGGCUCUCACAACAAACACAACGAGUCAACGGGCGAUAAUGUGGGCCCUUUAAUACUCAGAAAAAAAGAAGUCUAGCAAACU